AUGGAAAACAACUCUGAGAAAUCGGCAGUGAAUGCAGAUCAAUCCGCUGGAUACCCAACGCUGGAGAUGUUCUGGAAAUCCCAACAGAGUGAAAUGGAGAACGUUAAUGAUUUCAAGAGCAGGCUGCUACCUCCACCAACCCGCAUCAAGAAGAUCAUGAAGAAGGACGAGGAUGUCCGAAUGGUCGCGGCUGAAUCACCUGUUUUGAUGGCUAAGGCAUGUGAGUUGUUCAUUCAAGACCUCACCCUUCGUUCCUCGCUUAACGCUCAGGAAAACCAUCGACGUAUUCUGAAGAAGGAUGACCUUACUGAUGUGAUUGUGCAGACUGACUAUUUCGAUUUCCUUCUUGACGUUGUUCAUGCAACCGACCCCUUCACACCAAGUUCUGUUCCGUUCUAUGCUGCUGGAGGCAGCAAUGGACAGGAUGGUUCUGAUGUUCAGUAUCCAGCUCGCGGUUAG